CCAGUGAACUAUUUGGAUGAUGAGGAAGGUAUUGAAGAGGAUAUUGAAAUAAUUGAUGAAGAUAAAGAAAAAGAAGAAAGAAUGGAUGCAUCCAAAAGAGAAAGUGACGUCACGAGCGAAGAAUCUGAAGAUGAUGACAAUGGAUAUUAUCUUAUCCCAGAGACAAGAGUGUAUGGGGACGCCCAUAAAUCCAAAGUCAACAUAUCAGAAGAGAAAGUUGAAGAAACGAACAUUACUUUAGUUGAUAAAGAUAAAAGAAACGGUGAUACAGACCUUCAAGAAGUAUCUGUAGAAAUAGAGAGACCAGAUAAUAGAGAGACAGAGCAGAAGAAAGAGACCAAGGCUUCUUCUCAGAUCAUAGAUGUGAGGACAGAAAGCUUAGAACAACAUAUAGAAAGAGAUGAAGAGAAUAUACUUGAAGAACACAGAAAUUUAGGGCACAUAGACAAAACAACUGAAACAUUGAAAGAUAGACAUGAAGAUACAUUGACAUACAGAACAGACACAAUAGAAGAAGAAUAUAGACAUACUGAUAUAGAAAGAAGACAAGUAGAAAAUGAGAAUGAAAGUGUUGAACAUAAAGAAGAAACCGAUAACAGAAACUUAAGAGAUAGAAGUAAAAGGCAAUUAGAGGAACGAUUGAUAGAGCCACAGAUAGAUAUCAAUAAUACUGUAGAAGUAACAGAUACUGAGACAGACACAACACUAGGAGAAACUGACACACAGACACAAACAAAACAACUUAAGAGAAACACUAACAGGAAAAGACUUUUACCACCAGAUCCACCAAGAAGAUCUGAUAGAGCAAGAAAACCACCAAAACGCUAUGAAGAUUUUCAAAUGUAUGGAAUAGUUAAUACAAGCACUACACCAUAUGAUUCUCGAUUCAAAGCUUUGGAGACAUUAAUUGGAUCAGGAGUACUUCAAACCAUGGACAUAGACACAGCAAGAAAAAUAGUAACAUCUUUAAUGUCGUGAUAAGUUUUAAAAUUUUAAACUGCUUUUAAGGUUUGAUGAUAAUAAUAAAAAUAAAAAACCUAAAUCAUAUCAAACAUAAUAUAAAACCUUUGAUAUUAUUAUUUUAAAAAUAUAGUAUUAAUGUUCUUAUGAGAUAUAUCAUAAUGACAUUUUAAAUGGGGACAUUUUAUUUUAAGCAGGGGGGAGAAAGUUGAAUGUUAAUUAAAGUACAUUGUAUCAAGUACAUAGUACUUUAAGUAUAUUAUUCUUUAUGUACUUUGUCCAUUACGCGUUUAAUCCAUUGUCCGCAAUGUUAAAUUGUCUUAAGGAAGUUAAAAGUUAAAGUAUGUUAUUCUUUAAAGUGCACUGUUCUUUAAGAAGAUUGUUCUUUAAGUACAUUGUCUUUAAAGUACAAACAUUUUUUUGAUUAAAGGGAGUUGAUCAUAUAAAGAAUCAUAUUGUGUUUGGUAUAUUCACAAUACAUGUUUAAUAUAGUUAGUAUAAAUCUAUGACUAUCAUAGAUUUUAGUUAGUUAGUUGAAGUAGAGAUAUUUUGACGAGACAAUGACGGGACGUCAUUUAAGACGGGGCGGAAAUGUGUAACCAAGUGCUAUUUUUAAGGUUUUUACUAUUUUCCAAGAAAGGUAACUCUGUCGACCUUGUUUGAUUUUAAUCUUUACUUUGGGUGAUUAUGUCCCCUUGACCACAUUUGCUAUUUGCUCAACCAUAACGUUUCCCUCCUAAAGUUAGGGUCACUUGAGGUCAUUCUUUGUGUAAUCAGAAGUUGAUGGUCAUAGUGACAUGAAUAUAUGUUUUUCUGACUUAGAAAUUAUUAAUAAUAAGGAUUUGGAUUGAGGAAUUGGUAUUUGUAUGUUUUAUUUAUUUGUUCUUAAAAGUUCUAAUGUCAACUAAAUGAAGACUUAUAGUAAUUAAUACAGUUGUGGAUUUGAUAAAAGUUAUUUUGAUAAAUUUGUAUUGUUCUUGAGUGUUAGAAUUCAAGAUGGCAGCAUAUGUUCUUAUCUUAUAGUUAUUCAUAGAAAUCACUGUUUCUAUUUGUAUUGCACUGAUGUUUGUAAAUUACAGUUUACAGCAUAAUUAACAGCACGGUGAGACAGGUGUGAGACAGGUGUGAUAUAGAAGGAGUUUGGUCCACAAUCGGGCUCGUUGCUAUAUGCUAUAUGCUAUGUGAUGCUAAUUGUUAGUACUAUAUGUGUGCUAUGAAAUGUUGAUCUGAUGGACUAUAUAUAUUGGUGUCUACUACAAAUUAAACAAGAACCAGCAACCCUCAAGUUUUGUUUUGAAUUUACCCAUAGGGAAAACACAACUGGGU